UUUAUAGAUUUCAACAGUGUAAGUAAUUAUUGCAGAUGCAGUGUGCACUUUUUUAAAACGUGUAAAUGCUUUUGUUUCAUUUAUCAUCUGUACAUCUUGCUUUCCUUAGGUCUUAACUCACAUAAAAUGUUGCGGAGAGGAAGUACUAUACUGAAUAAUGGAUUAUGGGUGGUAUUGCUUUCAUUAGCCUGCAGUGUUUUCAGGUGCUGUUUAUCUGCUAAGGUUGACCUGUCAAAGACAAUUGUAUCUGGACCUGGCAUAGUGGAUGAUGCCACUUUGCCAGUGCGGUAUGUAUAUAUUCAUCCUCAUGAUAGUAAAGGAAAACCAAUCACAAAAGACCUUGGAGAUGGAGCGUUUUCAUUAACUGUCACAAAAAAUGGGCAAAAUAUCAGAGCGUGGAGACAAGUUUUAAACUUACACAAUGGAACUUAUAUUGCACGUUUUCGUCUAUAUGACUUUGGUGGGGACAUUGAAAUGUCAUUGAAGUAUCAGAGUAAACAUGUUGCUAAAUCACCGUACAAACUUAUCAAUGUAUAUGGAGAUGAGUGCUACUGUCCCAUGCCUCUUAAAAAGUGGACAGAGGCACUAAAAUGCCCUGCAACCUUUGAUCAGGUUGAAAGAGAUCUUGAAAUCUUUGAAAAAAUUGACCUUGACGAUCUUGUGAAAAAGGGAAUUCCGAAGUUUGGUGUACAUCACUCCUUUUGCCAUUAUGUUGUUAGAAGUAACAAAAUUUAUAGACAAUGCCAUGGAAAAUACACGGAUUUCAAAAUGUUCAUGGAUGCAACUCUAUUAUCAUUGACUAAAAAGUUGAAGCUUCCGGAUGUUGAGUUUUUAAUAAAUUUAGGAGACUGGCCUCUUGAGAGAGGUUCAAAGGAACAAGCUCAUCCCAUAUUUUCAUGGUGUGGUUCAGACAAAACAUUAGACAUAGUACUGCCUACUUAUGAUAUUACGCAAUCCGUAUUUGAAAUGCUUGGCAGAGUAAGUCUAGACAUAUUCUCAGUUCAAGCCAACACUGGUCCAAACUGGGAGAAAAAAUCAAAUAAAGGAUUUUUCAGAGGUCGAGAUAGUAGACAAGAACGACUUGAUCUUGCCGCAAUGAGUUUAGCAAAUCCGGAUUUGCUUGAUGUUGCAAUUACUAAUUAUUUUUUCUUCAAACAAGAUGAAGAAAAAUAUGGCAAAAAAGUGAAACAUGUAUCGUUUUUUGAAUUCUUUAAACACAAGUAUCAGCUUAAUGUUGAUGGCACUGUUGCUGCGUAUCGACUUCCUUAUUUGCUGGUCGGAGAUGGAUUAGUUUUCAAGCAGGAAUCUGAGUAUUACGAGCAUUUCUAUAAAGACUUGAAACCUUGGGUUCAUUUUGUGCCUCUAAAAAGAGACUUAUCGGAUGUCAUUGAAAAAAUUAAAUGGGCUCGUGAACAUGAUGAUGAAGCUCGGAAAAUACAACAAGCAGCUACAAAACUAGCAAGAGAAAUUUUAACUCCCGAUAGAAUCUUAUGUUACUACGUUGUUGCUUUCAAUGAGUACGCAAAACGACAGACGAGACCAGUUAAAGUUUUGAAGAAGAUGGAAAUGGUGAAACAGCCUGACAAAAAAUGUUCAUGUCAUAGAAAGAAAGCAAAACCUAAAUCAAAAAAAGAGGAGCUAUGAGAUGAUGCAAUUAAUUUAUUUUAAAUUCUUGUAGGAAAUCUCUAACUCAAUAUUAUAGCUUCCAAUGCUUAUGCAUAUUAAUGCCAGCCCUGCCUCGUGUAGCCAUGCUAUUAUAUAUGAUACACAAUAUAAUGUAAAUAUUAAACUAAUGUUGCAAUUUGUUGUGGCACUAUGGACGAAUGCUAUAACUGUACGUAAAUAGCAGUCAAUUCGUCGUAGAUAUUGAAAUGAUUACCUAAUAUCCAAAGAUAGUAAUUUUGUAUACAAUGCAUGCAUAUUUUGAAUUUUCAUAUCCAUUAAUUUUACACUUCAUACAACAACAUAGCAAACAAUUUCAUUACAUGUGUAGAUCAUAAUCUUAGGGAUUAGAGAGCCUUUUUGUCUAGCAAUUUGUUUAAUGCUUCCAUAUUGCCACUGUAUGCUCAAAUUAUGUCUUGUUGGUAUACUUUUAUAUAUUUGAUGCCUUACUACCACCGCCAGAAAAAUUAUGUUGCUGAGUUUUUCACUGCUGCAAUUGAAUGACUUUUUUUUGUAUGUUGUAUAAUGUUCUACUAUCACACAAUGAAAUUUCUAUAGCAUAUACCCAGGCCAUUAAAAUUAUUUCUGAUUUAUAAUUAUUAUGCAUCGUUCUUACUUUAAGAUCUAAUGAAAUUUUGCAGCAUAGGUGUGCCAUAUAUAUAACCUUUUAUCAAAAAAAUACACUUAUACAUCAAUA